CAGUCCGGAAUUUGAUGGAUGCCAAUGCCAUAACACAGAAAAAGGUUGUUUGUGCUUUUCUCAAGAAGACUAUGAUGAUGAUGAUGAUGAUGACGUGUUCCUUAUCAAAAAGACAAUUCACUCCUCUCCUUCUCUCUCUAUUUGCACACAUGUUUUUCUUUCAUUUGAUACCAGAAAGGCAUAAACUGUUCCAAACAAAAAACACUUAUGAAAAUAAAAUCAUUUCUUCACCGUUAAUUAAUUAAUUCUUAUUUUUUUGCUUUAUCGCCGCAUAGCCACAGAUAUAGCUUAACCCUUCCAUUUGGUGAGUCAUUCUCAGCCAUCAAAUAAUAAAUAAUGGGUAAAAGGAAACGAGGAGGUUCUGAUUUUACUCACUCUCAAUCGAAUCAUUAUCCUCCUUCAUCUUCAUCUUCUCCUUCUCAGGCCAUUCGAUGCUCGUCCAAGAUGGAGCUGUUGCCAGACGAGAAGCCUUCGUAUUCAGGCGACCAGGGUGCACUUGCUCUGCCAUCUGUAUUGGAUAUAACAGAUGGAUCUAUGAAGCUACUUAAUAUGCAUCCUUCUACGCCACAUCAUCAUCAUCCUCAGAAUCUUGGUCGUUCAAUAUUUUUGAAACGGUCACGGUACCACUAUGGUCAUCAGUAUUCUCGACGUAACUCUGCCAAUCAAUGCAAUGCAUCUUCUUCUCGCAGCAAGGGCACUUCCUCAUUUGAUGACAGGCUAUCUUUCAAGUUGGCCUCUCAACCCAACUCACUUCCCAGACAACACCUCGAAUACCGAGAGAAGGCAUUUUCUAGGCCAGAGAGAAUCCGGUCAAGUACUUUUACAAUGGAUUCGGUAUCACCGGAUGUAGUGAAGAUGGUUUGUAUGAUAUGUGAGAAACCACUGAGACGGAAAAUUAAUUUUAUGGGGAAUUCACUGUCUUGCAAUGAACUUGCAGUCGUGGCAGUUUUAGUAUGUGGUCAUGUUUAUCAUGCUGAUUGUCUUGAGCAAAGAACUAGCGUCGAAGAACUACGAGACCCGUCAUGCCCCAUGUGUGCAGGUUUACUCUUGCAGGAUCAUGAAUGUAAAGAACAAGAAUAGUUUUCAAGUAGAUGAAUAUUACAGCUCAACGCUUCUAUGGAAGAAUAACCAAAAAUGAAAGAUAGGUCAUUUUGCUGCAAAUGGUGGACUGUGUAGCUAGGAUGUCAUUUUGCUGCAAAUGGUGGACUGUGUAGCUAGGAUGAUUGGAUGAAAAUCUUGUUGACUGUCAAGAUCUCUGCAUUGUCCUUAGAAUCUGUGGAUUAGGGAUAAUUUAUGUAAUUUCCUUUAAUACUUUUAUAAAUAUUAACUAGGCACAUAGAGGUUGUAAUAUUAUUAUAUAACAACAGACAAGUGGUGAUGCAGAAAUUCUAGUAGUUGUAAAUGUUUUAGAGUUUAAAAUAUAUACUAGUUGAAAUGAUUGCCGGGUCUCCA